UGUCUCUUAGUCUCUCCUAAUUCAAUAUGGUAUCUAGAGCCUACUAAGAGACAAUUCUUCGUCGUGCUUUACCCGGUUGACCCACUGUCUUCCGGUGAGAAUUUUUUUUUUUUGCAAACCGUGUCAUCACUCCGGUUUGCCUCUCAGUUAGCAAAAUUCUCAGGUAAAACCAACUUGUCGCUCGAUCCUACCGCUUUUCCCGGCUGCCCCACUCGGCUACCUUCAUCGGUCACAGAUCCGGUCUUCGUUUUUCACCGGUCUUCGUUUUUAUUUCGACUCUCGGAAAUUUGUGCUCUAGUUCAAACAGCCCCGACUUUGUUUCUUUAAGCCAUGGGAGAUGUUGAUUCCGUCUCGUUUACUAAAGUUCCGCUUAUCCCAUGUGAAAAACUAACCGGAUCAGCCAACUAUAACAUAUGGGCUCGUGCUGUCGAUAUGUGGUUUCAUGGUCAGGGAUAUGAAGAUCACCUAACCACAAAAUUGGAUGAUGUUACCGCCGCAAAACUCGCUAAAUGGAAGAAAAUUGAUGCCUCUCUGUGUACUGUGUUAUGGUUUUCCAUCGCACCUAACCUCCAAGCGCAGUAUCAAGUCUUUUCCACUUGCAAUGAGGUUUGGGAAAGGCUAAGAAAGUCUUCUCCAACGACGUUCAUUGUCUAUACAGUGUCAUCCUCAAACUCAGCACACUGAAGUUGCAAAAUAUGGAUAUGCAAACCUAUCUGAGUAAGCUUGAUGCCUUGAAAGCGAGUUACGCAACCCUCAUGCCUUAUGCAAAAGAUGCAACGGCUCAUUCCGAACAACAGAGUAAAUUUUUCAUGGUCAUGGCACUUAAAGGACUACCACCAGAACUCAAGUCCGUUUGUAACCAGAUUUUGUUAGGUACUACUGUUCCUAACUAUGAUGCAGUUAGUGAACAACCGUUGCGCUUGGCUACACCUCAUGCAUUUGGUCUGGUUUCCCCUGCAUCUAUUGUUGCUUCGAACCUAGGUGACGCUGCUGCCCUUGCAUCUCUUGGCAACAAUCAGAAUCGCCUUCGAGGAGGGUCAUCCAACUCCAAACCUCGUCUCAAGUGUGACCAUUGUAACCGGCGCGGACAUACCGUCGACCGUUGCUGGAAGUUACAUGGCAGACCUCCACGCCAGGUAAAUGCAACUCAAAUUGAUAACCCAGGCACUAUGCGAACUUCACCUUCUCUUCAGAACCCUACGCCAAGCUACGAGGAUUUUCUCAGGUGGUGCCAGACUAAUCAGACCUUUGGUUCCACAGCUUCGGUUGCACACAUUGGAUCGGAGUCUGGGACACACGAUUGGUGUCGGAUGUGAGUCUCAAGGCCUCUACUACUUCUCUAUGUCAUCUACCACAUGCUCCACCACAGAUUCUCCACUCAUUAUACACAUGCGCAGUUAGGUCAUCCAGGUCUUCCCAAGCUACAAAAGUUGGUGCCUAGUCUAUCUAAAUUAUCCACUUUACAUUGUGAGUCUUGUCAGUUAGAGAAACAUAUUUGUAAUCACUUUUCCGAUCGAGUCAAUAAACGGGCUGCGUCCCCUUUUGCUUUAGUUCACUCCGAUGUUUGGGGUCCCUCGCGUACCGUGUCUACUUUUGAGUCUAGAUAUUUUGUAACUUUUAUUGAUGAUUUUUCACGUUGCACAUGGCUAUUUUUAAUGAAGAACAAAUCUGAAUUCUUUUUUAUUUUUGAACAAUUUUAUCGAGAAAUAAGAACCAAAUUUUGUUUGUUUAUUCGUACCUUAAGAAGUGACAAUGCACGUGAAUAUUUAUCCCAACAAUUUCAAACUUUUAUGUCAUCCAAUGGUAUUCUGCACCAAACAUCU